AUGACGGUCCUCAAAUUUAAAAGGGGGCAAUCGGAUUGGGGUUAUCACAUGGAGAAAUUCCUCAGAUUGGAAAACCUGCUGAGCUGGAUAAACGAUGAAUGGGAUAAGCUCAUUAUUCUAGAGGAUCCGACUCCAAAUAUGAUUGCAGAAAUUGGAGGAAAAUUGAAUAUUGAUCCCCAGUUCUGGGCCGACUUCCUGGUGGGGCCUUCUUGGUUUGGGUCAGGAAAGCUAUACAUCGGUGCUGGGGAACCCAGAAUUCCAUACAGAGACGACAGCUUGCUGGAGCAACUUUGGCCACUUCCAAGUGCUGCUCAGGAACUACAGCAUGCCUCUUUUCGAUUCAUUGCGCAUAGGGAACGAAAGUUCUAUGGUGAUUCGAACCGAGACCUAAAGGAUAGGAGACCACUGUCCAAGAUGUAUCCUAUUGCCCAAGAGGCUAGGCCUGGACCCCCUGGUAGUGGCCAGUCUGUCCGCGUGCGGAGCAAUCUCACCAUAUGGCGAAACUGGAAAUCUCCUCAGCGUGCUGAGGACGAGAACCAGGAGAUCACUGACCCAUGGAUAGGAGUUAUCGCGAUACAAAACCAGAGCAGCCGAGUGCCCGUGUCUAAGCAAGGCUAUUCAUACAUUUUCAGAAAUUUCCUACACCGACCACGACAUCAUGAGAAGAUCAACAUGGAUAUUCUGCGCCUUACUGAAGUAUGGGAAGGACGAUCGCAAAGAGAACCGAAGUACAAUCAGUCAAUAAAAGACAUAUAUUGUCAUAUCCUCAAAACAAAGUUCAAGAACAAGGCGGAUCUCGACGAAGUAACCCAAUCGCCCAAUACACUAUUCAUUGAUCUACUACGGUUGAAACUACCUGACUUCGUGAAAUACAUGAAGCGCGAUCCCUCCGGCAAGGGUUUUACCCACCUCGGCAAGGAUGGUGUAUUGCGUACCAUCUCAGGCGACUACGAGGUUGUUGAUGCGCGCGGCCUCGACCCCGAACAGAUUAAGAAUAUUCUCGACGUUAUGCCCUUUGAUCAGGCCCAAAAAGAGGACUUCUAUGGUGUGGACGGCACAAAGGUUACAAGUCAAGAAGCACUAUUCCAUCCAGCACCAGGAAUCCUGCCGACAAAACCAAGUGAGGAGGAGGCUGCGGAGAGACGGAGACUUGUGAACCAGAGUCGGGAGGCCUAUUCGCAGGCGAAGAGGAAAGAGUAUGAAGGGGCUGGAGAAGGCAAUUCUCCUCAGGAGUUGCCAUAG